AUCGCUCCGCUGCAGUAGCAGGGCGGUGAAAAGACGCGGACCAACGGCAGCGCGAACGUGUCUGAAGCGGAAGAAAGCGUUUCUUCUCCUUGACCAAAAAAGGAGUGCGGUUGAAACGGUUGCGCCGCGGCACACUUCGAUUUCGGAUCAUUUUUCCAACACGCUUUUGCUGCGGUUACUGGUUACUGGGCUGACCAAGCUGCAUAAACCAGAAGAAAGGAAUUUCGGCAAUUGCUUCCUUCCAAGCGUGGUGGAUAUCAUCGUCAGGCGGCAAAAGUUGGCGAGACAGGUGUGAAAUAGUGGAAGUGUAUAGUGUGUGCUACUGUGAAGAUGUCGUUUCGUGUGGUGAGAAGCUCCAAGUUCCGGCACGUGUUUGGGCAGGCGCUAAAGCGUGAACAGUGCUACGACAAUAUUCGCGUAUCGAAGAGCAGCUGGGACUCGACGUUCUGUGCGGUGAAUCCGAAAUUUUUGGCCAUCAUCGUCGAGUCGGCCGGUGGCGGUGCCUUCAUCGUAUUACCUCACAACAAGGUUGGACGAAUUGCAGCGGACCAUGCACUGGUCGGUGGACACAAGGGCCCCGUGCUGGAUAUUGCCUGGUGCCCGCACAACGACAAUGUCAUCGCAUCUGGGUCGGAAGACUGCGUAGUGAAGGUGUGGCAAAUCCCAGAUGGUGGACUAUCACGAACUCUCACCGAGCCGGUGGUGGAUCUGGUUUACCAUCAGCGCCGUGUCGGGCUCGUCCUGUGGCAUCCGUCAGCGCUGAACGUGCUCCUAACGGCCGGUUCCGACAAUCUGAUCGUGGUGUGGAACGUUGGCACCGGUGAGGUGCUGAUGCGCAUGGACUGCCAUCCGGACACGAUCUAUAGCGCCUGCUGGAACUGGGACGGAUCGCAGCUGGUAACGACCUGCAAAGACAAGAAGAUCCGCAUACUAAACCCACGCACCGGCGAGGUAGUGAACGAGGCGCUCGCACACGAAGGUUCGAAGGCAACGCGCGCCAUUUUCCUCCGACACGGACUGAUCUUCACGACCGGUUUCAACCGUUCGUCCGAGCGGCAGUACUCGCUGCGGGCACCGGACGCGCUGGGCGACCCGAUCGUGAUGGUGGACCUGGACACGUCGAACGGCGUCAUGUUUCCGCUGUACGAUCCGGACACAAACCUGAUCUACCUGUGCGGCAAGGGCGACUCGGUGAUCCGGUACUUCGAGGUAACGCCCGAACACCCGUACGUGCAUUACAUCAGCCAGUUCCAGACGCCGGAUUCGCAGCGAGCCAUCGGCAUGAUGCCAAAGCGGGGUUGUGACGUGAGCACCUGCGAGGUGGCCCGAUUCUACCGGUUGAACAACAGUGGCCUGUGCCAGGUGAUCUCGAUGACGGUGCCACGGAAGAGUGAACUGUUCCAGGAAGAUCUGUACCCGGACACGCUCGCGGACGAGGCUUCGAUAUCGGCCGAAGAUUGGAUCAGUGGAGUGGAUGCGGAUCCGCAGCUAAUCUCGCUAAAGGAUCGCGUUUUUCUCGUGCAGGGUGGGUACGUGUCGCAGGCCCAAAGCACCACACUGACCGUGACGAAGAAGUCGAACGUGCUGGACAAGAUGGCGCCGAAGAGUGGCGGCCCGAAGACGCUGUCGGCAUCGACGGGCGGAUCGGCGGGCGCAUCAGCCAACGGAUCGCCGGUGACGGUCAACAAUGGGACGGGUGCGGGCGGUGGCGGCGGCAGCACAUCACCUGCCAACAAUGGAACGCAGCAGAUCACGAUCGGAGGCGUAUCGGAGCAACAGUUUGGUGAGCUGAGGACAAAGUUCGAGGAGGAAUUCCGCAAGCUGAAGGCAAUCAUCGUGAAGCACGAAAACCGAAUCCGAUCGCUGGAAGCGACGGUCAAGGCAAUGACUGACCGGGGGCUGACGGAGGUGGACGGUGGUCUUGCACCUGCCGCCGCCUCCACCACCGGCACCUCGCCCUCCCCAGCACCUUCCUCGUUGCCACCCACGUCAGAGGACGGUGCGCAGCCGCAGAUCGUUGCCGAUGGUGGUGGCCACUACCGCAACUCCACCCUAGAGCCGGACGAAGUUUAAGCCAGUGACCUUAUAUUAGGUGCGUAAGGUGGUGGAAGCCUCUUGCUUCUUCUACUUCCUUGUGCGUCGUCGCACAUGGCAUAGCCCAAGAGCCGGUUAGGACAUAGGAGGAGUCGCACCAAUACCGAUCGGUGUGUACAGGGAGAGGAAUUGUAGUACAGAGGGAAUCGAAAACGCGCAACGCAAUCGCCUACUUGCAACAUCCUGAAUCGUUGUAGCUUACGGAUAAAGGAUAACUACGCGCGCCAAAAAGGAGCCAAUAGUAAGAGAAGAACAAAACAACACAAAAUUGCCUUGAAUAUGGUAGAAAACAAAACAAAACAAAAAGAAAAAAGGAUACAGUAAACCAUAUGCUUAAAGCAAGCCUGCGAUAAGAGAUUUUGUAUUUGUGACGCGGUAUGUUUUAUAUAUAUAUAUACACACACACACACGCAUCAUUACGUACUAACCGUUUUGCUAUGGCCUUCGCCUUUCCUUUCCUUUUUUUUUUGAUCCCCACCGGGAGCGAUUUGUCCUUUGAUCGCUCACCCGGAGCUUUCUCUCUACGUAUAUAUGGGUGAAAGAAGCGAAAAUGCUACUAGAGCUUCCCAGCAACGGUUAAACAAAUACAAGUGCGCGCGCGCUCUCGUUUACAACUUCACCGCCUACUUUGGGUGAUUAGCCGGAACCGAACAACACACGCAACAACAGAGAGAGAGAGAGGGAGCAGUGUCGCAAUGCACAGCAUUACUGCAACUCUAUAUUGCUAUCGUAUAAGCCGAAACUAGAACGCGCAUUAUUUGUCUAUAUUGCAAAAAAAAAGGAACAUGGUGCUGCAAGUGUGUGAGUGAGAGCGGAACUUUCGAACUAAGAUAUACGACACAACACAAUUCAAACAAUAGGCGAAAACACUGAGCAUACUGCAGGACGAACAGGAAAGAAAGCAAAUAGGAAGAACGCGUGUGUGCGGUGGUGAAUCGGCUCGAUAUACAAAGGUAAAACAACAAAACACACACACACACACAAGUAGUAUGGGUAGUGUGCGAAAUCGAUUAAUACUUAUUAUUAAAUUAAUUCUUAUUACUUGUUUUUAUGAUUAGAUAAAUCAAAACAAAGAGAAAAAGAGAGGAAGGCGAAGCGAAAGAAGGCCGAGAGAAGAAAACAAAAACAGGAACACACACACACAAGAGAGAAACAAAGGUAUAUAAUUAAGUAUUUUAAGAUAA